AUGAAAAUGGAGGAAUACACAUUCAUAAAAAGGGGUGAUGGAUAUACAUUAGACUCUAAAUUUCCAAAUCAAUUAAAUGGUGUUAUUACACAUCAAGAAUUUAAUAGUAUUAUACAAGAAUUUCACUCAACAGUAAAUAGACUCCCAACACUUCUUUAUUUAGUUUUACCAGUUUUAGCCAUUCUUAUUUUUCUCGUAAAAUUUUUAGGUUUAAGUUUCUUACAUUUUUUGGUUGUAAUGGGAAUUAUUUUAGCAUUUGAUUUAGGAAUAUUAAUUUUUAUCAUAGUAUUUUAUAUAGUUAAUAAAGUUAAAUUUGGUGAUCUUAUAAAAUCAUUAAAUCAACAAUAUCAACAUAGAUCAAUAUCAUUUUCUUCUGCAUCUUUUUUCCUUUUCAAAAUUAAAAUGCAUUAUAAUAUCAUAGGUGUAGCCAAUGAUACUCCAUUUGGUCCAACCUCUGAAACUUCACCACUCAUCGCAUCCGUACAUAAUGUUUAG